AUGAAUAAUAAUUUACAAUUCAAUAUUCGAUUGUUGCUGGAUGAAGAAGUUCGAGAAAUACAAUACAAUCAAGAGCAGCGAACAUUGUGUGCUACUCUUAAAAUAGAAAGACUUUUAAGUCGUAGCCGAAGUAUAUAUAAUUUACCAGACAUUGAAUUUCGGAAAUCAUAUCGAAUGAAUAAGGCUACAUUAGAACGUAUUAUUGUAGAACUGACACCAUUCUUGAAGAUAAACCGUAGAAGUGACGGAAUAUCAGUAGAAUCCAAAGUUAGUUCUGCUGUUCGAUUUCUUGCUCAAGGUGCUUACCAAAGAGGCGUGGGUAAAGAAACUAACAUUGGCUUAUCCCAGCCUUCAGUGAGUAGAGUUUUGAAUGAAGUUAUUGAUUGUAUUAAUUUGCAUCUACUUCAUAAGUAUAUUAAAUUUCCAACAUCUCCUGCAGAAAAACAAAAAAUCAAAAACUGGUUUCGUACACGAUUUCAUAUUCCUGGAGUAAUUGGAGUAAUUGAUGGUUCACAAAUUGGUAUAUUCCCUCCUUCAACUAAUCAUAAUCAGUACCCUGAAUUUGUAUAUGUAAAUCGGAAAGGGUUUCAUUCCAUCAAUACCCAGUUGAUAGUUGAUCAUACCUACCGGAUACUGAAUGUAAAUGCCAAGUUCCCUGGAUCCACACACGAUUCUCACAUUUGGAAAAUGUCGUUAGUUAGAAACCAUUUAAGUAACACAUACAGGCGUGAUCAUGAAUGGCUUUUGGGUGAUAGUGGUUAUCCAUUAGAGCCUUGGUUACUAACACCUUUCAAUAAUCCAGGAGAUGGAAGCCCAGAAAGCAGGUUUAAUGUUAAGUUCACUUCAGCUAGAUCAGUUGUGGAACGAGCUAUUGGCAUGUUGAAAGUUCUCCACAAUAUUUGUAUUGACAAUUUUGAUGCCGUUGGUGAAGAUGAAGAAUAUGAUGAACCUUAUAAUGCCAAUGACUUAAUACAUUUUCCAGCAGGAAAUGCUCUUCACACAGAGGGUAAUAAUAAUCGAUCAGAAAUUAUGGAUUAUAUAAAUCGUGUUCAAUAA